GAAUGAGGAGCUCAGUGAAGUCAGAGCCCGACAUCAUGUAGACGGACACACACCGUGUUGUGUUACAUAUCCUCACAUGUGUGUUUGUCCCCUGGUUUUUAUUCCUCACUCCUGGAAACUGCUUGUUCUUCCUCCUCGUCUUCAUCAUGUUCCUCCGCGGCUCCAAGAAGCGACGCUCCAGCCGCUCGCAGGAGGAAGAGGACCCGGACAGAGGUCAGCCCUGUAUGCGCUGUGGAGACCAGUGCCCCGGCUUCCGUGUCCACGGCUGGAGGAAAAUCUGCGUGCACUGCAAGUGUGUGCGAGAGGAGCAUGCCGUGCGCUCCGUGCCGGGCCAGCUGGAGAAGAUGAUGACCAAGCUGGUGUCGGACUUCCAGAGACACUCCAUCUCCGAUGACGACUCGGGCUGCGCCUCCGAGGAGUAUUCAUGGGUCCCACCGGGGCUCAAGCCCGAACAGGUUUACCAGUAUUUCAGCUGCUUGCCAGAGGACAGGGUUCCUUAUGUGAACAGUCCGGGGGAGAGAUACCGGAUCAAGCAACUGCUGCACCAGCUGCCGGCUCAUGACAGCGAGCCGCAGUACUGUAACACUCUGGAGGAGGAGGAGAAGAAGGAGCUGCGUCAGUUCAGUCAGCAGAGGAAGAGAGAGAACCUGGGCCGAGGCGUCGUCAGACUCUUCCCUGUAACUAUGAUGGGAGCCAAAUGUCAACAGUGUGGCAGGCAGAUCUGCGGCGGAGACAUAGCGGUGUUUGCCAACCGGGCCGGACACGGCGGCUGCUGGCACCCUCAGUGUUUCCAGUGCUCCUCGUGCACCGAGCUGCUGGUGGAUCUGAUCUACUUCUACCAGGAAGGACAGAUCUACUGCGGGCGACACCACGCCGAGAGGCUGAAGCCGCGCUGCCAGGCCUGCGACGAGAUUAUUCUCGCGGAUGAGUGCACAGAGGCAGAAGGACGAUAUUGGCACAUGAAGCACUUCUGCUGCUUUGAGUGCGAGGCGGCGCUCGGCGGCCAGCGUUACAUCAUGAAGGAGAGUCGCCCGUACUGCUGCUCCUGCUACCAGGCCAUGUACGCCGAGUACUGCGAUACCUGCGGAGAGCACAUAGGUAUCGACCAGGGUCAGAUGACGUACGAGGGUCAGCACUGGCACGCCGUGGAGUCGUGUUUCUGCUGCGCCCGCUGCCGGCUGCCUCUCCUGGGACGGCCCUUCCUCCCCCGGGCGGGUCUCAUCUUCUGUUCCCGGCCCUGCUCGCUGGGCGAAGACCCCGAUAACUCCGACUCCUGCGACUCGGCGCUGCAGAGCAGAACUUCUCAGCACCUCGGCCGGCACAGCGGGACGCCAGAGAAACACAAGAGGCAGCAGUGUGGUUCCCCACUGAAGCCACCAGAGGGCGUCACUAUAACUGCAAAGGACUGCAUUCACACUGCAGUGGAGAACAGGGGCGUCCACUCGGCUCCGGUUCAAAACGGACUUCCUGCUCCCGGUGGUCAGCCUCAUCCCAGAGGCUCCUAUUCUCCUCUUCCCCACAUUCAUCUAGGAAACGGUCUGGGUCCAUCUUGGCCCAGCGACCUCCCUCACUACAGCUUACUGCCGGAGAACUGUGGUGUCAGACCUCCAGUCAGCGCUCUGCAGCAGAAUGAGAACACUGGACUAACCGGUCUGAAUUCUAGAGGAACCUCCACCGCUAAAGACUGUAGAAACUGGGUGGAGAGGACCAAUCAAGUUAUGCAAGCGUUUCCCCCCCACAAAAACCCACUUGUGAACCCCCUGGUUUCGCCCGACUCGUCUCCUCUUCCUCUCGGCAACACGUCCGUCCUCCCGCCUCCUCUUCCCGUCAAGACUCGUGACCUGAUCCCCAGCGAGUCGCACCCGCCGGACCUCCGGUUUCUAGAGGACGGACCCGAGGAUCCUGCCCCCCCGCUGGGUCGCAGCGGCACAGCGAGAGUCAGCUUCAGAGAACCAAUCAGCAGCAGCUACUCCGUGGACGCGGAGGAGGACGAGGAGGAGAACGAGGAGGAGCAGCGGGAGGGCGAGGACGGCCAGCAGGUGGAGGAGGAGGUGGAGGGAGGGUUUGGAAGCAGGUUGAAUCUGCAGAAAGGGAUCCCGCCGCAGAUGGAUCUACUGGACGGAUCCUCGUACCAGCAGCGGAAUCUGAGGCGAGGGUGGAACCGUGGCCGUGUCCCGUCCGACCCGAGUCUCCACCCGGGCUCAGAGAGGAGAACCCGACCCUCGCGGACCGAGCGGCCUCAGCUGGACGAGCUGGACUGGAGAGGAGAGAGAGACCCGGACAGCCGGGGCUGCUCCAAGGUUUCCUCCCUGAGCCUCCAGCCGGGCCACUACAAGCACGAGGACUCCUGCUCCACGUGUUCCUCCUCCUCGGACUCGGAGGAGGACGGCUUCUUCCUGGGACAGCCCAUCCCUCUGCCCCCCCAGCUCAGGAAACAGCAGCCCGACGAGGGCGAGGACAGGGAGGGGGGGCAGGAGACGGAGGUGCAGAGGGACUCGGGGCUGAGAGGAAGCUUCAGGAGGAGACGAGCUCACAGUCUCAGUGCAAAGGACAAAGAUAAAAACUGUGCUAUUUCUUAACGACAGAAAGCAACACGGACACACAGACGCUUAUUUACUGACUGGUGCUGCUCAAGAGGAGCUCACCGCCUUUCAUUAUUCUGGUGUCCACGUUGUGUGAUGGUGUUGAAUACAAAAUUCUACAGACUUUUGGCAAAGGUGAACCAAGGCCACUGAUUCUCCUUAGACGAAGGAAGAAAAGUGAGCUUCAUCCACAUUCAUAUGUUUUCAUUUUAAAACGCAUCAGUGCUGCUUCGUAUACACCUGACGUCCACACUCCCCCACUGAGAACUUAACUUUGGAAACACUGCUGGGCCCAUUUUAGUUUGAAAGGUCCAGGCUGCCUUUUAGUCUGAAAGUUUGGAGAAAUUGACAGUAAAAUGCAUAAAACACCUUCUAACACUAAGAUCAAGAACCAGAAUAAUUGGGCAGACAGCGAGAUGAGAGGCCAAAUUCUCCACUGGCAAUAGGAAAUGAGUCGAGCACCUUCAUUUAUCGAGUUUAAAGAAUCUGUGUAUACCUGAUAAUUGAGGUGUAAAAGAGGUGAUGCUGUCUGUAAAGGUUCCACCUCAAUGUCGGUCCAAGAAAAGAAAUCCCUGCUCUUACUUCUCGCUCGUUUUUGUCCAAACAAUUGUUUCUAGUAUUUCCUGUAACUAAGCAACAUACUGCAAAUAGGCUGACUAUCUGCUUCCUGUACACAGCAGCACACUAAUGCUAAGUGUAUGUGAAUGGUCAU